AUGAGUUCUCGAAUUUGUUCGGUGGUAUUGAGAGGAUUAAGAACACAUAAGUCCAGUUACAUAUGGAUGCUGACGUUACACCCAAUCAGCAAAAACAUCGUCGCAUCAUUCCACAUCCAAAAGUACGUUGAAAAGGAACUCCAGCGUUUAGAAGAUCUUGAUAUCAUUGAGCAAGUUGAUGGUUCGACAACAUGGGUCAGCCCAAUCGUUGCACCCACCAAAACUGGAGAGAUCCGAUUAUGUGUGGACAUGCGUGAAGCGAAUAAAGCAGUACAAAGAGAAAAACACCCUAUUCCAACUGUCGACGAGUUAAUCACAUACUUCAACGGUGCCACAGUGUUUUGCACCAUAGAUCUAGUCUCAGUUUACCACCAAUUGGAGUUACUCCCUGAAUCCCGCCAUUUCACAACCUUUACCACUCAAGUUGGACUUCGCCGUUACAAGUGA